AUGGAACAUAAAUCAAUAUGCACUCCUUUUAAUAAAACUGGUUAUUGUAAAUAUGGUAAUACUUGUAAGUAUUCACAUAUAAGACUUAACACAUGUUCAGACACCAUUCUUUGUCCUUUAUGCAAUAAAGAAAUUUUAAAUGCUGUCUCUACAAACUGUAGUCAUGAAUACUGCUUAGAUUGUGUUAAACUUAACAGAGAUUCCUUAGAAAAAUGUGUAGUGUGUCAAAAAGAACUUUAUGGCGUAUUUUAUUACAAAAAAUAA